AUAGGAAUAGAUAGAGAAGCAGUCGGGGUGGAGCAGCUCUGCCAACGCACCCAGGCACAAAAAAAAAAAAAAAAAUGGAGCUCGGUGUCAGUCAACGAUAGAGCUAUGAGCUGUCACUCACCAGUCCGCACGGUGCUCCUCUGCUCGCCCCACUGACUGACACAGCUGACCUGUAUGGCGGGUCUGUCUUAUCUGGUGCUCCGGUUUUCGGGCUCCGCCGGUCGGACUUACGGAGUGUUUUCCAAAGGCUUGACGAGGACUUUGUUGAUAUUUUUUGAUCUCGCGUGGCGACUGCGAAUCAGAUUCCCUUAUAUCUACCUGGUGGCUUCGAUGAUGUUUAAUGUCAGGUUACAGGUCCACAUUGAAAUCCACUGAAUCUUCAAUGCCUGUAUCUGGAAUUAAAUCAAUCAAAUUGUGGGCGAUGCCAUGUUCCAGCCCUCGAAAAGAAACCGUCUGACGCUGCACAGCCAUGCGGAGGAGGAGGACGCUUAACUCUGUGUGACGAUGCAACAAAGUGACACGGCUGGUUGUUGCGGUCAGCCUCUCGCCCAGUGCCUUCGCAGGGGAAGGAUGACAGUUAAGACCGCAAAAAAUGAGCCGGAGUGAGCGUUGAUGUGUGAGGGUGGAGAGGAGGAGGAGGGGGGGAUAUCAAUGCCUUAUGUUUACCCUCUUGAUACUCCACCUGAGAUCCAGGAGCCGCCUGUCCCGUCCGUGGAGAUCCUGCCGGAUGAUGGUUGGAUUUUGACACUGCCUCUUCUCUCUGGAUAUUAAGGAUUUCGGCGUGGAGAUGGAAAAACGGAUGAUUGUUACUGUGGUACUGUUUUAGCCGCUCUUCAUUGUUUCACAUGUAUGUAGGUGCUCAGUGUUAACAUCUCACUUUAAUUUAAAAAGUAAAUAUCAACACCGCAUGACACAAACAAGCAUGUUUCUUGUCCUCUGUGGCUCGAACACUUUUCUUUGCGGUGAGCUGUAGAAGCGGUACAUGUGGAGGUCUGCAGGAGAUCAGUACAGCUGCCACUACUGGAAAUGUACUGUCUGUUUUAUUAAGUGCAGUCUCAAAGGGAAUCUCUGCAUGUCUUCUUUGUGUGCGCAGACACAUGUCCUCUCACUCAUUGUGGUUCUUUCUGCAUAUCACUGGAAAGGCAUUGUUGAAAAAAACAAAACGUUACCUGCAAAGUUGUUUUUUAUUUUUAGCUGCAUUUGUUUUUAUUUCUGUGAAAAAUGUGUA